AUGCCCCUUAUAUGGUUGCCAGAGUGCCGUCAGAUUUUGUUUCCGCCGACCGCACUCCGCCCUAUGGCUGAAGCUCCUCUGCCGGAUGCUCUCAGGCCCCGCGGUCCCAGGUUCCUCGUCGCUCCUCUGGUGGGGGAGACAAUGCAUGGAGGCGUCGCUCGACUUCUCCUCCGCGUUGUGGCUCUGAGUCGGGGUGGCCUUCUGCUGCUUCUAUUACUUUGGCUCUUGCUGUCGGUGAUGGUUCUGGGUGGCGUGCUGCCACCACCUCUAAAUUUCCUCGCCUGGCUCUGGCUAUUUCGCCUCCCACGCGGGAAGAAGGAGAAGAAUAAAAAGACCAAGAAGAUGGAUGUUUACGAAGAUGCACUCGUCAGGCCGAUUCUUCUGAGCGGCAAUAUCUCAUAUAAUGAUAUGAAUGCCCAGUUUGGAUGUGGAUUCUUCUGCUAUGGCAGUCCUUGUCAUGCAGGAUACCUAUUUGCAACUUUCUUUGUUGUCUACGCCACUGAUGGUACGCUGUUUGAUAUGCAAAUGAUGUGGAGCUCAAACAGAGACCAGAUGGUGCAAGAAAAUGCAACCCUAACACUCACCUCCACAGGGGAACUUGUACGUAUUAAGAAACUUAGAAGGCACUCUCGUGUGGUCUACAAAUACAUCCAGUCAAGCUUUUCAGAGGAUGGAAGUUCUUCCCCUGAUUAUCUGCCAUCCUUCAUGAAAUCAAUGGCUGAGUGUGAUUAUCCAAGACCAUGCGGAGACUAUGGUGUUUGCAAAGACGGUCAGUGCAGCUGCCCAAGUGAUGACAAUGCUUUUAAACCGAUUGAUAUCACAGAACCCAAUUUCGGAUGUUUUCCACGUGUUCAUGUGGUGUGCUCAGAGAAAAGUAGGGACAAAGAUCAUCAAUUUUUGGAACUGCAGCACGUUUCGUAUUUUACUUAUGUUUAUGAAAAUUCUUCCACGCCAGGGUUGCUGUCAAGAGAUGCAUGCAAAAAACUUUGCCUUGAAGAUUGCUCUUGCAAUGCUGCUUUUUUCAGAUACGGGGCCAAUUUUCUAGUGGUCAUGAUUCAUUGCUAUCUAGAGUCCAAUAUCUCUUCUAUGAAAACUAACAAUCCAGUAGAUCAGUUUUACAAUUCCACUGCUUAUAUUAAAAUCCAGUCGAGGUCCAAGCGCAAUAAAUCCUUAGUUGUUAUCAUAACUUGUGCUUCUGGUGGUGGAGCACUAGCUCUGUUUAUCUUCUUGAGGUCAUCGAUAAAUAAGUCUCAAAAUAAUAGAAAACAGAAAGAAAAGGAUGAAGAUGAAGAAUUGCGAGAUGCUACAAAUGGCUUUAGCAUUAAGCUGGGUAGCGGAGGAUUUGGUUCAGUUUAUGAGGGUGUUCUGUCUGACGGCUCAAAGAUAGCAGUGAAGCGCCUUGACAAAGCAGGACACGGACAAAAGGGGUUCCGGGUAGAAGUGGAAACGCUAGGGAAAAUUGAUCAUAUUAAUUUGGUAAGGCUGAAGGGCUUCUAUGCACAGAAAUCCCAUCGAAUGCUUGUAUACGAGCAUUUACAUAAUGGAUCUCUGGAUAAAUGGAUAUUUUCAAACAAGAAACAUCGACGUUUGCUGGACUGGAAGAGUAUAGCCAAAGUAGUUCUUAAUAUUGCAAGAGGAUUAACAUAUUUGCAUGAAGAAUGUCAAGAACUUAUAAUACAUUCCGACAUCAACCCUCAGAACAUUCUCCUGGACCAGAAUUUCAAUGCGAAAUUGUCAGAUUUCGGCUUGGCAAAGUUGAUUAACAGAGAGCAAAGUGAAGUGAUAACCAUGAUGAGAGGGACACCAGGGCACCUGAGUUGUUGA